AUGGCCCAGAAAAACCAGACUGGUGGAACUGAGAAAAAUGGGUCCUCCCUCCUCUACUGUAAGAGUGAUUUAAAGGAAGGAUCCCUGCAGUGGGUGACAGAACCCCUCGAUGGCCACGUGCUCAUGGUGCUCAGCAUGGACAACACCUGCUCCAACUCCUCCUUUGACAUGGAGCUUUGUGCAGAGAAACUGAAGUCCCUUGGGGUUCAGGUGCCAGUGGAUCAGUGGAGGAGGUUGAUCCAAGAUGCUGUCCUAAAGCCUGAAGUGAGGAGAUACAUGUUCUACAACUCCAGGGCAUUCCAGAUAGCCAUUGCUGUGGUUUUCUACAUCUCCCUCUGGACAAACCUUUACUCCACAGUCCAGCUCUGUUCCUGUUUUUUUUUAGCCAGUGUGCUGGUGACCCUUGCUGCCAUCACAGCCACUGUGGUGCUGAUCCUGGUUAUUGAUCAUCGACAGAGGAAGAUAAACAUGAACACAGACGUGAGGCUGGCAGCUGUCAAUGAAAUCUUUAUGGAGCACAAUUUAAUUGUGGGGAUUACAGAUGUCCUGGAUGGGCCACACAGCAUCCUGAAACUGUGGUUUGUGCACUUCAGCCCCGAGCACUGCCUGCAGUCCUUGUCAGCUCACAUCUCACACCUGCAGAGGACACGAGAGAAGAGCUUGCGGCACAGGCUGGAUGAGCUCUGUGUGGUUAUGGAGACAGCAGUUCAGCCUGAUGUGGGGACAGAGGAGGCUCCAUGUGAAGAGUCACCUCUUUUAUCCAGUGAAGUGAACCUGGAUGAAAAGCCUGUGACGUGCAAUGAGCUGCUCUGCCUCGUCCCUGAGGGCCCACCAGAGGUGAUGGCCCAGCAGCUCUUGGUGAUCUUCAGUGGAUGCUACGUCCGGCUCCUGGUGACUGGCCAGCUCCCUCGGGCUGGGGCAGGGGGGCACCUGGAGCACAGCACUGUGCCCUGUCUCUGCCAGUUCAUUGAGGCCACUGUUCUCAACACACACCACAGCUGGUUCAUGGGCAGGUGA